CUCUCUCUAGUCUCAAAAAAAAAAAAAAAAACUCUCUCUUUCUCUCCCUCUAAAAUUCCAAAACAAAUAAAAAUAACUAGAAAUGGAAAACAAUAUACCAAUAGUUGCUAAGAGAGUGUGGAGCAUAUUACGUGUGGCCUUGUUCAUGUUGAGAAAAGGCAUUUCAAAGGGGAAGCUAAUGACGGACCUCAACAUGAUGCUCAAACGCCGCGGCAAGCUCGCCGGAAAAGCCAUCACCAACCUCAUGUUCCACCACCACCACCACGGUGGCUCCACCUCAAGCCGCCACUCCCAUGAUGACUCACGUCUAAAAUUCACCGCCACAAGGGAGUACGAGUUCAGCUGCAGCAACACACCAAACUACUUCUUCGCCAACAAGCGCCACCGCCACAACCAUCUCUUCACGUGCACUCACGCGCCGCCCACACAGGACGAUGAUGUGGUGACCGUUAAUGCAGUUAAGGCUGUGAUAGAGAUGCUAAACAAUGAUGUCAUGGCCGUGGAGGCGGCAUCACCGGCGGCGGCUCUCCCCGGGUUCGGGCGAAGCCCCAGGGUGAGGCAGUUGAUCAGGGUGACGGACUCGCCGUUCCCACUGCGAGACACGGAGGAAGACAAGGACAACCAGGUUGACAAGGCUGCGGAAGAGUUCAUAAAGAGGUUCUAUAAGGAGUUGAAUUGAAGAAGCAAACUUGAGCCUUGUUGAGUUCCUUGGUUAACAAACAAUGUUAAGUGGUUAUGAUUAUAAUUAACAUGAUAAUUAAGCUAUAUAGUAAGCAUGCAGUUUUGGAUAUAUAUGUAUUUUGAUGAUAUUUAAUUAAUCUCGAGUUUAUGCCUUUGUAUGGGCUUAGGAGUUAGGAGAGGACUACGCAUGUUAAUUAUAUUGAUCGAGGAAAUUUUUAUGU